AUGUUCGUGUGGGUUGGACCUGAUCAAAGUUCUGGGUAUCCUCGAUUUGGAACUGGAAUUCUUGCUCAACCUCAGCUCAACGGGUCCACCGAUUACAAAUGGACCAUCGACUACCACUACUCGAACAACGAACAGCAACAAAUUGAGACAAGACUCUACAGUAAUUAUUAUCACGACUUCCUCCCGCUUCCUCCAAUGUGA